UUAGCUCACUGAAGAGUUUGUGGGCUGUUGUCAGGAUUUUGGCAUUAUUCUGAGGAAAAUGGGGCGCCGCUGAGGAGUAACGUGAACUGACAAAUUUUAAGAGGAUCCUUCUUGCUGCUGUGUUGAGAAAAUACUGGAUGGGAACAAGAGAAGCAGGGAGUUAGAAGACUGUGCAAAUCGUUCAGAGACAGAGUCUCACUUGACCGCCCUCGGUAGAGUGCCAUGACGUCACAGGACUCACAGCAACCUCCAGCUCUUGGGCUUCCGCGAUUCUCCUGCCUCAGCCUCCCGAGCAGCUGGGACUACAGACGCCCACCACAACGCCCAGCUAUUUUUUUGUUGCAGUUUGGCCGGGGCUGGGUUUGAACCCACUACCCUCGGUAUAUGGGGCUGGCGCCCUACUCACUGAGCCACAGGCGCCACCCGAGGGUUGUCUUUCAAAAAAAUUUGCACAGAGUUUUUGAUAUUUACCUUCUACCUCCAGGGACUUUAAGAAGAGUAAAUGGGUCCAGUAAUUGGAAUGACUCCAGAUAAGAGAGCUGAAACCCCAGGAGCCGAAAAGGUUGCAGGAUUAAGCCAGAUUUACAAAAUGGGAAGUCUGCCUGAAGCUGUUGAUGCUGCCAGGCCAAAGGCCACUGUAGUGGACAGUGAGUCAGCAGAUGAUGAACUUACAAACUUGAACUGGCUUCAUGAAAGUACUAAUCUUCUAACAAACUUCAGCCUUGGAAGUGAGGAUCUUCCAAAUGUUAGUCCGUUGUAUGACAUAGAGGGAGAUGAUGUGCCAUCCUUUGGAUCAUCUUGCUACCAGAACCCAGAAAAAAAAUCAGCAACUUCAAAGCCCCCAUACUCCUUUAGUCUUCUCAUUUACAUGGCUAUUGAACAUUCACCAAAUAAAUGUUUGCCUGUCAAAGAAAUUUACAGCUGGAUUCUGAACCGUUUCCCAUAUUUUGCUACUGCACCAACAGGCUGGAAGAAUUCUGUUCGACAUAAUCUGUCCCUGAAUAAAUGUUUUCAGAAAGUGGAAAGAAGCCAUGGAAAGGUUAAUGGGAAAGGUUCCUUAUGGUGUGUCGAUCCAGAAUAUAAACCCAAUCUUAUGCAGGCACUGAAGAAGCAACCUUUCCCCUCAGCAUCAAAGUCUCACAGCCCUCCUGCAUCUCCACAAAGUGGUUCUUUAUCACCUCACUACUUAAGCUCUGUACUUAAACAGAACCAGUUGCGAACCCUCAAAGAUUCUGAUAUUGAUGCUGCCACUGCAAUGAUGCUUUUAAAUACUUCCAUAAAACAAGGAAUUUUAGAAUGUGAGAAGCCUCUUCCUCUUAAAACAGCAUUGCAAAAAAAGAGGAGUUAUGGCAAUGCAUUUAAUCAUCCCAGUGUUGUACAAUUACAAGAGAGUGAUUCUUUACCCACCAGCAUUGAUCCAAAAGAAGAUCACAAUUAUAGUGCAAGUAGCAUGGCAGCACAGCGCUGUGCAUCCAGGUCUAGUGUGUCUUCUCUGUCUUCUGUGGAUGAGGUCUAUGAAUUUAUCCCAAAGACUGGCCAUGUGGGAAGUGAUGGCAGUGAAGGAUUUCACAGUGAAGAAGACACAGACGUUGAUUAUGAAGAUGAUCCUCUUGGAGACAGUGGCUAUGCAUCACAGGCUUGUGCAAAUACCUCUGAAAAAGGGCAGUCAGGCAAAAAGAUGCGUAAGCAGUCAUGUCAAGAAAUUGAUGAGGAGCUCAAAGAGGCAGCUGGAUCUCUGCUGCACCUUGCUGGAAUCCGUACAUGUCUAGGUUCCCUAAUAAGUACUGCAAAGACACAAAAUCAAAAGCAACGAAGAAAAGAGAAAUACUAUUAGUGUAAAAUUAUUUUAAAGUGUGGCAAUACUUUUUCUUAAUCCUUUACAAGGGAUAUCAAAGCCAUAAUGGACUUACUUAAUUUUAGGAUGGGGCAUGGGUAUUAAAUUAAUACUUGUUUCUUUGAAAAUAUUUUUGCUUUUUGUUUCUUAAAAUUUUUAUUCUACAAUUGCUGUUAGGAUCAUGCCUGAUCGUAAACACAUGAUAUGAAGUCCUAAAAGCAUAAUUUUUGUGAUAAGUGUCUCUAAGAUUUGGAAAUUUUUGUAUAAGAAAAACCCUAGCCUCUGUCUUAAACUUGUAGGAAAACUGUUUUCGUCUGUUUAUAUGUCAAAAUGUAAGAUUUGGAAAUUCUAUAACUUUUUAAAAAUGUUCUUUUCCAAUUUGUAAUUAACUAUAGUUAUUGAUCCUGCUAUAAAUUUUGCUGAUGUCUUUUUCAUAUACUCCUCUCCUGAUACACAAUCCAGUGAGAUAAGAUUGUUUUUUUUAUUUUGUUCUAAUUUUUUUUUUUUUUUAAUUUUUUUUGUUGUAGCAUGAGCAAAGUCAGAUAUAAAUUGGAAGAGAUUCUGGAUGUCUAGAAAAUUCCUUUUGACUACACAGGUAGAGAAGACAACAAAGAGUUCUAAGAUUUAGAAAAGGCAACUUUGUGAUGUGAUUUCAUGUAAGAACACUCCCAAUUCCUAUUACAACGGUAUCUUUGAAAUGUUUUUACUUCAUAAAUAUCGCAUAGCAUUUAGUAGGGCCUUUGUUCUUUCCGAAACUGCUUUGUAGACAUUAAGUUUUAGCCACUAGCUGCCUUUGUUGAGUAGAAGUUGUCCAAUGAAAGGAUAUAGCCAUAGAGCGUGUUAUGGAAUAACACCCAUUUUGACACACUUUUGCAAUAAGAGAAUCUUUCAUUUGCUUGCCAAAUGUGUACUGCAUUCUGAGAAUCUUGUAAUAGGAAUGGAGUGUAAUAAAACUUUUUUUUUUUUUUUGUGGUUUUUGGCCGUGGCUGGGUUUGAACCCACCACCUCCGGCAUAUGGGACAGGCGCCCUACUCCUUGAGCCACAGGCGCCACCCAACAUUUUGAAUACUGAUUACCUCUGUUAUAAAUAAAGGUAGGUCAUCUAGGAACAAACUUCUUUCCAAGCUUUGAAUCAAUUAAAUUCAUUUGAAUACCAAAUUAAAUUUUUAAAAACUUAAUGUACCCAUAGAGACAAAAUACCUUCAGGGAUUUCAAAAUCUGGAUAAAAUUAGGUCUUAUACAAUACAACCUUUUUAACGAAACAGUGUAAUACUCAUGUGCCAUUAAUUCAUGCUAAAAGAUUUUUAUAUUACUGUUCCAAAAGUGCAUUGACUAGGUGUUUUAAAUAUUUGAGUAAAUCCGCUUAUAUGAGAUAAUUUUACACAAUAUCAUUUGUAUAGUUUGACUAGAUUAUUCAGAAAGAAAAGGGAUAACUAAUAAGCUAAGCUUGCUCAUUAUAUAUUUUUUACAAUGGUGGAAGCAACUUUCCCAAAGUUAAAUCUUAUGUUAUAUGUGUAUCCUAUGUCAUAAGACAAUGACCUUGUUUUCAUUUUUCUGAUAAAUAUGUACGUGUGCACAGAUAGACUCACAUAUGCCUGGUAUGCACGGUCAAGCUCAUGAUGUUGAUCUGCUGCUUUCAACUGUUCUGUGACUAUAAAAGCAUUUUCUUGGAUUUUUUAAAGAGACAGAUAUUUAUAUUUUACCUCUAAAUUUUAUUUGGGCAAAACUGUCAAAUGAGAAUGAUAACAAAAACAUCUUUUUCAGUUGACAAGACUGUAAGCCAGGGAUAACAGUAUUAAUGUUCUCUGUCCUGUUUCCAUGUCAAUUUAAAUUUAACCUGGAUAGCCACAUUGAUAGAAUUGGUGCUGUUGAAAUAUAGUAAUGUUAAAAUCUGAUAAUGAAAAAGUGGCCCUUAAAUAUGCAGAAUGAAUAAAGCACCAGAAAAAAAUGCUUUUACCACAGUAUAAAUAAUAGAGAUUACACAAAUCAUUUUAAUAAUAAUAUUUUUAAGUUACUACCAUAGCUUUCUGGAUAGAUCUUGGUAACAAUGUUUGAGUGAUCUGGUUCCAGUUUAUAUCAUUCUACUGAAAUUCUGUACCACAGAUGUUCAACAUAGUUCCUGUCCAUUAGAUAAUUACUCUUUAGAAGUAAAGGAAAAUGACCAAUGAUGAAAAGGAACGGAUUUAUUUCUAGCUCUAACAAGGGAUCUUCAAAGUUAUUUUUGUCUUGACAUACCUAGUAAUUCUUCGAACCCUUUGAUUUUUUUUUCUCUCCUUCAUGUACUCUUCUCUCAAAUUUAUAUGCUUAAGUUACACUCAUCAAUGGAAGGAUAACAAACACUUGUGCACUGAAAGCUAGCAAGGAGAAGUUACACAACAUUUAUACUUAUUAUACAGAAUGUAGUGCAUCUGUGUAAGUUUCCAAUUGCUACCGUACCAAGGCAGUUAUUUUCAAGGGGAAGAAUCUUUUUCAUUAGGGUCCCCCUAUUAUUGUUAUUUCCAGAGAAAUUAUGAUUUCAUUCCUCAGGUAUGUUGAAAUAGAAACAUGGCUGAUAACCACCAGUAAGGAAAGUCACUCCAGGUCCUAUGGACUGGAAAUUGCAUUCUCAACACUAGAUUUUACUAUAAUAAAAAUAACUUGGAAACCCCAGAGAGGUUACAUAUUUUCCCACAUUACUUAAAACUGUGAUUUCAGCUAAUUGCCUUAUGUCAAAAUAAUACAAAUUUUGUUGCAACAGAUUCCUGUUUAUAAUAGAUCUUAGUAAAAGUUUGGAUUCAGCAUAGCAUAAUUGAUCUUCAUCUUUCACACCUCAAAUAAAAUCAGUGUUUCUUGAAUAUGUAUUUUUGAAAUUUGUGCAAUAUAUUACUAAAUUAGUUAGUAUUGUAUUUUACUUUUCAAAUUCAGAGAAAGAGAACAGAUUACUUGUAAUUCAUGGAAAAGCUAAUUGUCGGUGGAUCACCUCCCUUUUUCCACCUUUGAGCCUUUCUUGUCUUGAUAGCCAGCAUGACUUCUCUUAAAUUAGGUUCAUUUGUAUAUAGUAAAGUUUAGUAUAUAUUUUUUUCUUUUGCUAUUUUCUGAGGCAUUAUUGUAAAGAGUUCAUAUUAGUUAAAUCUACUUCAGCAUAAAUGCAAAGCUAGAGCAAGUGUUAAGGAGGGAAUAUAUAUAUAUAUAUAUAUAUAUAUAUAUAUAUAUAUAUAUAUGUAUACAUACAUAUAUAAUAUAUAUAGUGGUAGACCAGGAAGCCUUUCCCGGCAAUUAAAUCAACAGAUGUGAAUACUUCACAAAGCUGUAUGGACUAAUGUCUUAAAUACUACAGUAACUUAACACCUUUUUGUGAAGACCACAGCAUUUAUUUAAGAAAUUUUGAGGCUUUCUGAAUUACAUAUAUUUUAUAGUUUGUUAGUUUGAAAUGUGUCUAAGCUUUGACUUAAAGUUUAUUUCAUUAUGUUAAUGAUGUAGUCAAAAUAUUUAUUGAAAGACAAAUUAGGGUAUUUUAAUGUUACACCUGCCAUUUUUUCUUAAAGCACAUUCUUUGUAUCUAACUGCCAGUGCCAUUAUCAAAACUUAUUUUUAAAAUUGUUGUACAUUUCUUAAUUAAACAAGUGCUUAGUUUUAAAGUAUUAUGUUGCCAUCAUAUAGUGUAUAAAAAAUGUAUAAUUGCCAAUUCAUUAUAACUAUUAUUUAUUUUUAAAUGAAAGUGUGAGAAUGCUUUCUGAUUCAAAAAAUUUGUUAUUAAAGUGUUUGCUCAUCCUCUUUUCUGAUGUAGCAUAAAAUUUGUUCUGAGUCUGAGUUAUAACUGCCAGUACAUGACCAGUCACGAGUGAACCACUUCUCGGUUGCCAGUCUUUGCUCAUAUUAAAAACAACUUACAGAUGUUUAGUUUUUGUAUCUAAUCCCUGAUUAUUAAAAUGUUUAUAAAGUUUAUUUUUACCAAAGAGAUGCAAUUCAUUAUGAUAAAGUAUUGCAGAAUAAACUUUGUUUUGUAAC